AUGUCCUCACCAGAUAUCCCAACUUCCUUCACAGGAACGUUCCAACUCCACUACUUCGCCAGUGCCGCUUCGUAUACAAAGAAGAACACCGAGUCCUUCCCUGCUCCCUACCCGCUAUGCAGAUUGUUUGAUCUUCUCGAGUCACGGUAUCCAGGAAUAAAGACGAAAGUUCUGUCCUGCUGUGCUGUUAGUGUUCGCCUAGAGUAUGUGGACGGGGAAGAACUCGAGGUUGAAACCGCAAAGGAUAAGACGAGGAUGAUCGAGUGCGAGGAUGAAGUUGCCAUUAUUCCUCCCGUGAGUUCAGGGUAG